AAAAAUCAGAUAACUGAACUGAACUGAAAGAACGACCAGUAUCUUUACCGAAACUUUGCCUAGAAGUGCGAUUUCUAUUUGGCAACGCAGUACUAAUCACAGCAUUUCCUGCACUGUUACCACACUGCGGUAGUUUUGAACGGUUCUAACGAAAGUAAUAUUUCGAAGCAAGGAAACAGUAGUUUGUAUUCCAGAUUAAUACGGACCUUUCAUUCUGUGUAGCAAAGAUGAGCGUGAAAUCUGUUCAGCCAUUUGACAUUCUUAAAGGAGUUUGAAAGGGCUUCAUAAACUCAGAAUUUCAUGUUAUCGUAAUGUAGCAUAUAUGAUAUAGUUGCGUAAAAUUCAUGAAUAAAGAUGUAUAUAUACUCGGACAAACAAAAUCAUAUUUGUUCGAUAUGUAACAGUACCUUUUAUGAAAUGGUUUAUGAAAUCAUGGCAGUGUUUUAUAUCACGGAAGAGAUUAGGCUCACCUAUAGUAUUCAUUAAUAUUUUAAUGAAAAUAAUCAGCUGUAUAUUUGCGAAGACACAGAGAACCACUGUGAAGCAUCCAAGAAAUACUUUGGUAAAAAUUUAGUUUACCAAACCAUUUUUUCAUGUAUUAAAGAGCAUGACCUUAAGUGUAAGGUAUACACGGAGUUGUGACAUCAAGGUCAUACUGUACUUAGCUGUAUGAGGGACUAAGUGUGUACCUAGAAAGUAUGUAACAAGUUAUUUAAAAAAAGGAGUAUUUCAAAAGUGUACUAAAGAUCACACAAUAUAGAAACCCCUGUGUGCAAUUGCUGACAAAUUAUUUAAGACUGAAACAGAAUUGAAACAUGCAAAUGCCUAAUCCCACAGUAGAGAAACCACAUAUAUGUAAUGUCUGUAACAAGUCAUUUACACAAAAAUGUUAUUUAAACACGCAUAUGCAUAUUCACACUGGAAAGAAACCUCAUGUGUGUGAGGUGUGUAACAAUUCAUUCAGGCUAAAAGGUGAUUUAAAUAAGCAUAUGCUUAUUCACACGGGAGAGAAACCUCAUGUGUGUGAGGUAUGUAACAGAUCAUUUACGCAUAUAGGUAAUUUAAAAAAGCAUAUGUUUAUUCACACAGGAGAAAAGCCUCAUAUGUGUGAGGUAUGUAACAUGCGAUUUAGAAGAAAAAGUCACUUAAACAAUCAUAUGCUUAUUCACAUUGAAGAGAAACCUCACGUGUGUGAGAUAUGUAACAAAUCAUUUAGAGUAACGGGUGUUUUAAAGGAGCAUAUGCGUAUUCACACAGGUGAGAAACCUCAUGUGUGCGAGGUAUGUAGCAAGUCAUUCAGACUAAAAGGUGAUUUAGUCAAACAUAUGCAUAUUCAUACCGGAGUGAAUCAUUACGUAUGUGAGAUAUGUAGCAAAUCAUUUAGACAGAAAUGUCAUUUAAAUAAGCAUGUCCUUAUUCACACAGGAGAGAAAUCUCUUGUGUGUGAGGUAUGCAACAAAUCAUUUAGAGAAAAGAGUAAUUUAAAGAAGCAUAUGCAUAUUCAUACAGGCGAGAAACCUCAUGUCUGUGAGGUAUGUAACAAGACAUUCACACUAAAGAGUUAUCUAAAGUUGCACCUACUUGUUCAUACAGGAGAGAAACCUUACUUGUGCGAGAUAUGUAACAUUUCAUUCAGAUUAAAAGGGUGACUUAAACAGUCAUAUGCUUAUUCACAGAGGAGUGAAACCUCAUUUGUGUGAGUUAUGUAAGAAGUUAUUUAGAAGAAAGGAUCACUUGCACAAGCAUAUGCAAAUUCAUACAGGAGAGAAAUCUCAUAUAUGUGAGGUAUGCAA